AGCUAAAAUCUUACCAAUUAGGAACCAUGGGUAAAGUAUAUACAAUGAUAUCCAUUGAUUCUGCCAUGGAGUUUUCAGGUUUGUUUUGGUUUCAUUCUUAUAACAGAUUAUGCGUGUCAUCUCAAAUUGUGCUGAUCCAUAUGGCACUGUGAUUCCAUCAUUUGAAAGCAAGUGCUGCUUAGUGCUUAUCCAUAGGUGGAGAUGAGAGUUUAAGAAUGGUUAAUUAAAGAAGUUGCCUUAUUUCUCAUUUUAAGCUUCUAAGCUUCGGCCGCCGUUCCACCCGUCCUCGCGUUUGCAGUCUUGGUGAUCACAAAUCCAUAAAACUCGAGUGCAAUUCAGCCCCCCCCCCCCCCAAAACCAAGGUUCUCCGUCGUAGCUCACUCAGGACCUUCUUACUGUGGUGGUGGAAUUCCCGGCGACGUCUCCAGUGAAGGAAAGUCAGGGUACUUGACGAAGGGAAUGUCAGAGCUUUUGAGUUUUGAUGAGCUUUUCUUCGUGUUUGUAGCUGUAGUUGUUUAGCAGGAGUCCAUGUUUUGGAGGGAAAGGGAGAGGGAAAACAAAGAGCAGAAUGGAGGACCACCUUGUGGACAAGUCAGGGUUAUUGUUGUUGGAGAUUCAGUCCCGAAAUAUUAAGCGCAGUUUACCCCCUCCGUUUUCUCAACGUGGAUAUACAGAGGCCUUUCGUUUUUUCUCCUCAAUGACCUCACACCUCAGCUGCUCUCAAUCAUCUGCUUUACUCGUCUUAAAUCAGAACAUAUGGUUUACUCGAACAACAAAGAAGUCAUCGUCUUGCUGCAGAACCGUCCAACAUCUGGUCCAGCCCGUCCAGGUCAAGAACAUCUUACCUUUUCUUUUUCUUCAUCAUAUCUAUAGAAGGUGAUAAUAUUUACCCUAUCUCUGAUUACAACGAAGUUCAUCUGUAAAAUUUGCCUUUCCUCAUUUUUUUGUUGCUUUGUUUAUAAUUAUUCACAUUGGUUCAUGAUUUGUGAAAUUAGAGGAACAUGUUCGAUACCCGAUGACUUCAGUCACUUUUGUUUGCUAUCAUCAAUUCCCAGCCAAGUCUUUCAUCCGUCCUUGCCCCAGUCGUUGCGUAAAAGAUGAAUUACACUACUGGAGAGAAACGAUUCUAGCAUGAGCAGCUUGGCUUUUUUCAUGGAAAAGGUCACAGUUGACUAUUUGAAUACCAUUGUAAAGCCAGCAGAUUAUCUGUCAAUGUUCUAUUUCUUCAACAAUCCAAGAUCCACAAUUCAGGAUAACUAUCUGGUCCUGCUUUGUCUUGUGUAUGCUGCCACUGGAAUAGCCUAUGUGCUUGCCAUCUGUUUUGAACCUGGAUAAGCUCAACUGUGGUCAGUUUUGCUUCCAGUUGUUUUGACUCUUGUGGCAAACCAGAGAAGUGACUCAUAUCUCGGACAAAAGGAGAUUUUUGCUAUACUAAGUGGACAUUGGAAGCUUUUUGUAUUGCAAAUGCUAAAGUCAGGGACUGAAUCUGCAAAGAGACAGAUCAUAUGUAGUUAACCAGUUUAAGUGGUGGUUGAGUAUUUGCAGGAAUCAAGGUAUAUGGUUGAAAGGCAACAUUUUCAGUAACCUUCUGUCGAAUGUAAAGCCUAUUGGAUGUGAUUUUUUAGCACUCUUGCAAUGCAUUCAGUUUACCGCAGGGAUAAACCAGUUUAAGAAAUUGUUACUUUCGCUGUUUGAUUUUGAUAUAUUUGUGCUUCCAAUUUUCUCCACUCCAUU